GUUACUCUUGUGGCAAAAACGGGGAAGGGGAGGUUAACCACGGAAUGAUCAAGUUUGUUAUCAUACAACGUUUCCUACCAUGACGUUGCCAGGUUUUGAAUUUUUAUUUAGCAGCGUACAGUCACAACUUCGGUCACCUGAAGAUGCUGUAGUAAGUGCAGUUCACUGGAAAAUUAUUUGCUCUGGAUUCAGAUGCACAGGCGCAGGGGAAAAUCCAGGUGCACAAGGGAGCACAGAAUCUCUUCCUAAUGGAUGGAACAGCAGUGAUAUUUACAUACUUCAUUACCAACACACUAAAACAAAUAAGAGCUUUAUCUUGAAAAUUGUACCAGUAGAAGGAGUUAUUCUUCUUCAUUUUCAGAGGGAGAGUGAUGAAAAUGUGGUGUCUGUUGAACUGCAAGUUUCACAAUUUACAACCAAUGACUUUGCCAGCGCAAACACUGUAUUCCGAAACCUAGAACAGCUGAACACUAUAGUGGAAAAAUCUCUCAUUGCUCCUGCAGUAAGUGGGAAGUCACCCAUGCAGCAUGACAACAGUCAGCAGCCACCCACUACAGCAUCAAGUAGCAAAAAGAAGCACAAGUCACCGUUGUUGGUGGAGGAAGGUGGCCCAAGGCAGCCAGCUUGGGUAGGCCCUCGAAGGAUGGAUCCAUUUGCAGUUGGUGGUGAUGACCUUGAUCCACUGAGUGGGUUGGGAAUAGGAGGAAUGGGUGGAGGAGGAAUGAUCAUGGAUCCUCGCCGUAGUGGUGGGCCGCUAUUUGGACCGGAGAGAAGCCCUCCUAUGUUUGGACCAAGCAGAGGAGGGGGAAUGCAUCCUGAUGUGCUGCCUCCAGGUUCUGUUCCACCGGGAGCUAGAUUUGAUCCUUUUGGCCCACCUGGAACGAGACCUGAACCUGAUCCAGACCAUGAAAGACCUCCAGGAUUUGAUGACAUGUUCAUGUGACAAGAUCAAUAUUUCCUUAAACAUUUUAAUCUGUUUUGUGUCUGAUUAAUGUACAUUUGUUUUUGCCUGUCUUCAUGCAACUGUGUUCCUUGCAUCAUGAAAAGAACCAAGACAUAUGGAAGAUUUUGUUUUUGGACGUUAAGAAAAUGCUUUGAGAAGUUAUUAAAAUGAUGUGUCUUGACUGGAAUGGCGUAUCCAUACAUAUGUUUUUCUUUAUGUAACAGGGUAGAUGGGGUUGUUUUCCUGAUCUCACCACAAGAACCAAACACAACACUUUCAUGGGUUUCAAGUCCUUUUACUUUAACGGCAGUUGAUGGUUCUGGCUAAGGCGAAACCUCCACACACCACACACUCGCGCUCUCGCUCAGUCUAGCUCUCACUUCUUCGAGUUCCCCUCACGUUCUGACUCCUGCCCUCUUCACCCGACCUUCACGCCCAACUUCCCUUCAAAAACAUCACUGCCCCUCCAUCCAGUCACUAGUUGACCCCCUCCCGCUCUCCCUGAGUCACGGGGUUGUCACACGGUCAGUAAUUAUCCCCCACCACCAGCCUGUACCUGUCCUGUGUGCAUGUGUGUGCGUGCCAUGUUCCAUACUACAAUAUUUACAUAUGUUUUUUGUCCUCUAGACGUGUAAACCAAGACAUGUUGGCAUCAUCCUUUAUAAGCCGGUACAGUUCUUGGAAACACACAAUUUUCAUGUUAUAUUUAAACUUUAUAAAACUAUUAAAUGUUUUUACAUAAUAA